GCCGCCGGCGGCUCGCACCGAGACCAUGUUCAGCAAGAAGCUUCAUGUAGACGUCAAAAAGUCGACGCUCAAGAUCCAGGAUGUCAAGAAGGACAGCGCGACGCGUUUCAAGCAUCUAAAGAUCGUGCUAGAAAAUGUGGACACUGACGAGGCAAAGGGCUUUUUUGAGGGCAAUUUCAGUCACGUGUACUUCAUCCUUUACGAUUGCUUCGUGUCCGCCGAAGCGAAUCUUCGGCAACGCGAGCUUUCCUUCCAUAUUGUGCAUAAAGCACACAGGGAAGAGUUAGAACAAGUGCUGCAGCUCCUGGAAAAGGUUUUAACUCUCCUUCCUGAGCUGCUCAAUAGACGAUGGCAAUGUCACAGUCUGGCGCGAAUUUUGCAAAAGCUUUUGCAUCCCGGCAACAGUUGGAAACUUCGUAGACAAGCUAUAAGAUAUUUUAUUUUAUGGUAUCAAGCUCUUGGCGAAAAUGCUCCCGAACACAUACAUCAGAUGUUCGCCAGCUUGGUGCCGGGAUUUCCACCGCAUCAGGCGUCCCCGUACAGAUGCGAUCGCAAAGCGGACGGCAAGAAGGAAAAGCUCACGAAGACGUCCAAUUCCGAGGACAAGAAAGAAUUUUACGACACGCAACUUGUGCAAAGCACUUUUCAUGACAACGGGCCGAAUCAGUGUCCCGUCAGUCAAGUCGACGGCGGUCCCAUCUUACCACCGCAGAGCGGGGAGAAGCCGCUUGACAACGAGACCGUUAGAUUCUUAGAAGCGUUGCUGGAAUUUAUGGUUACUCAAGUGGUAAAGGUGGAAUGGCGAGAUAAAUCGACACGACAGCACAAAACUUUUCAGUUCUUGUUGGAGCGCUUUAAGACGUCGUAUCUUCGUUACAUCUGUCCGGAGUUCGACGACAACUUUUCGCUUUACAAACCCAAUCUAGAAUUACCCACGAUGCGAAAGCCUCUGAAUCAAAAUCAGGAUAACUACGUACUCUGUAAAGUAGCUCUGAUCAAGUGGAUCGCAAGUUUUACGCAUGUCGCUAGAAAGGACGGACUCUUUGCGCAUCUCUCACAAACCACAACGCCAAAUGAGGAAAACGCCGAGUCGGAAUUACGUCGCGUGUCAGUUACUCAAAACUCCACGGAUUCGAAUCUACUGUCGCCCGAAUCGACCAUGUCCCAAUCCGACAGUCAAAAUCAAGAAGACAACGCCGUUUCGGCGGUCAUGUUGGUUAGAGACGUUUUAUACGGAAAUAGAGAUAACGUGAAUUUUGUGCACGAAUUGUACAGACAAGCGUUUCUCCUUGAUUUUAAUCAUGCGGGAGCUAUACGAAAGGCAAUUGCCGUUUAUAAGGAUUGGAUUCAAAUGAAUGAGAUUCCUCCGUUUAUGUUAGAACCGCUAGACGGUCACAAAGAUCGAGAUUCGGAAGAGAAUCAAAAAAAGGAUUCGACCGAAAUGGAGAAGAGCUCCUCUGAGAAUUAUCGGCAAACUAGAUUGAGAAACGAUUCCUAUCUCGGUGCUAUACACCGGGAAAAUUUGUUCAUCAGGGCAGGCCUACAGAAUGUUCUACAAGUUUUUAUCACGCAGGCGUCGAACGUUUUCUUCCUAGAAAAUUCAGGACCGAACGCGUCUCCGACGUUACUCGAGGAACAGACGGACAGUUGCAAGCGAGUUUUGAAUGUGUAUCGAUACGUUGUUAUGCACUCCAGAUUGGAGCCAGCAACGUGGGAACAGUUACUUAGAGUAUUGCUGCAAAUUACAUCGCUCGUGUUGAGCGACAAGUUCUCCCGUCGCAAGAAUCAGGAAAGCAUCGGCGGAAAACUCGCGCCCGCCAUAUUCCAGACUCUAAUUGUCACUUGGAUCAAGGCCAAUCUAAAUGUCGUUAUUUCCACCCAACUGUGGGACCAGUUUCUGGAAGUGUUGACGUCACUGACCCAAUGGGAAGAAUUAAUUCGAGAGUGGGCGAAAACUCUGGAUACUCUGACGAGAGUGCUGGCGAGACAUGUCUAUAACUUGGACUUAAACGAUCUGCCUUUGGACCGACUCAGCGAACAGAAGUCAAAGAAGCGACGUGGAGUCGGGAGUCGCGCGGCGUCGACGGGAAGCGUGCAACCGCCUCGGAAAGGCAGCGUCGAUCAAGAAAACAACACAGCGCCCAAGGAAAGCGUUACAGAUCAUCCGCUGCGCGAUAUGAGGAAAGUGCGACCGCUGCCGCGUAGUGCGAGCGACAACACGAUAUACAACAGCAAAACUCGACCGAAGCUGCACAGGCAGCGCACGCACACGAUACACAGCGGUAUUCCCGUACUCCCGCUAUCGAUAGAACAAGAUAUGGCGCGGUUACUGUCAAGCGGCACGGCAUCCUCUUCGGCAUCGUCGGCGGCAACCGGUCGGAAGAUGUCCUCCAGCAGACGCGCCAAGUCUUUGGAUAGCAUUGUUGUAGUUGAUAGCGAGCCGCCGUCGCCGCGAUGCCCGUCACCGACACCCAGCAGCGGCGUCGAUAGCAACAAAGAUAGCCCGAUACAGAUAGAAAAUAUUGACGGUAGCAGCAUUGAUACAAACGAUGCGUCUGAGAGAAGAUCAGUUAUGGCGGGUGGAGGGGUUCGUGGAUGGUUGCCAGAUGUGGCUGUCGUUUUGUGGCGACGUAUGUUGUCGGCGUUGGGCGAUGUGAAUAACAUUCAGGAUCCCGUUUUGCAUGGCCAAGUCAUGGAUUAUCUCGUGCAGCUCACACAAACAUUGAUCAAAAUACGUUUAAACCAAGGAGUGUCCGGAGAUAAUCAAGCAACGCCACCAGCGCCGGAAUUAAUUCCGCCUCUAACAGUCAUUGCACCUUGGUGCUUUAAGGCGAUCCAACUUCCCGAGCAAUACGAACUUGGCAAACUGGCCGCGUAUCGUCUCAUAUGUCUGCUAACGGUACAACCGCUGGACAUCAGUUUGCCGAAACAACAUCUGACGCUCUUUUAUCGCGCCGUUCACAGUGGAAUCGUCAGCAAUGACAGCAAAGUUCUUCAUGUGCUCGUGAAGUAUACGGGACCCAGAUUGUUCAGUUUAAAUCUGCCCGGAUCGAGUCUUUUGAUUCUGGACUACAUACACGCCGCCAACAUGAUACUGAGCAGUCAGGACGUUGAAGCGCCGAGGACGGAAGCUGUUUCCAUUAUCGGCUCGUUGUUGUCUCUGCCUGUUGCAACAAUGAAGUUACCGAUGCUGCAGCCGACCGGAUCUAACAUCGUCACCAUGACGUGUCCCGAAGCGAAAGAACAUAUUUUGACGAUACUUAUGCGGAGUUGUCGGCGAGAACCUACCGGAAUUGCGAGAUGCGUGGCCUUAUCAAGUAUUGCGAUGUUCGUGUAUAAAGAACUGUGCUACAAGACGCAACAUCCGAAAGUGCCGGAAGCUGUCACUGUUCUCCUCCUUGCACUUAGGCGGAUGCAAGGAGCAGAGCGUCACAGAGCUGGUUUCUGUUUUCCCAUGAUGAGCCAGGCUUCGCAUGCCACGGUUGCUCAAGUCGCGUGCGAUUCCUUGUUAUUACUCUGCGACAAGGCCGACGUGCUGCUAGAAUUAUAUCCUAACGUGCCAUCGAAAAUAAUACAGAUUUUAUCGGACACACUCGGCCGAAUGACAGCGCGAGAAAGGCGCGGACCUUUGACAGUGUCUAUGCUGUUCUGCCUGGGCGAAUGGGCCAUGCACUUAGGACCAACAGUAUUACUACAAGUGUUUCAUGGAAAACCCCUCUUGAUGACCAUAUUUACAGUGUUGAAUAAUAUAGUGCAAAAUAAGAUUGGCAAGAUCGCGAAGAGCAGUCACGAGGAGGAUGACGAUUUUGAUCCCAACAUCACUUUGGAUAAUUUGAUUGACGAGCCCUCUUCGAAAUCACCUCACAAGGGAAACAUUCAAUCCGUGCAACUGGCAGCAAAAAUGGUGAUAAUGCAUUUAAUCAAUCAUCUGGGACAUUUUCCAAUGGGAAUCGGAGCCGCGCGUUUGUCGUCGUUGGUUGUCGAACUGGACGACGUUCCUGGAAUUGACGGCGACGAGCUGUCCUCCGCCGUGUUUCAAGCGCCGAACAUACAACUCUUGAUGCUCUCGAACUCGAUCAUAAUGUCGCUAGUGGAGCUGGCGGCGUUGGACGCGCCAGGCGGGGGUGUCACAGCCGGUUUGACUACCGCUCCUUCGUUGGUUAGAGUUUUGCUGCGUGAUCUCGCUGGGAAAGCUUCUUGGGACAGUUCGAUUCUAUACAGUCAGCCGUUUAUGGACGACGAUCUGCCGUUGCCGUUUGCGAAACCUGUUGAUUGGAGCGUGAAAUUUCACACGGAUGAUUUAAACAGCGUAAUCACACCUCAUAAUUGUACACCGAGACACACGAUACGACAUCGCGAACCCCACAUAUUGCCGACUUUCGCAAAUGCCGCGAGCGACAUGGACAACUUGGACGAUCUCCUUCAGUAUAUAGGACACACCAGUCCAGAAGUACUGACUAAUCCAGAAAUUGCUCUCAACGCACCUGCCAAUCCACCUCAGGGACAUUUCCUCGAAAGCGAGACUAUUGCCACGAUUUUGAGUCAAAGAAAUGCGGAACAGGAACAUAUCAACAGUUGGAAUCAGCACAUCAGUAUGAGCGCAUCGGCGAUCAGCCCGCCGUCGUGUCGCCCACCUCCGGCGCCGUUUCAUCACUGCCGUCUCCUAUUUUCGCAUCUUGGUCUGUCCGGCUGGGAACAGCGUAGAAAAUUGCAUUUGCUAGCGAAAAACGAGAAGCUCUUGCGCGAGCUUCGUAAUCUCGACAGUCAACGAUCCAGGGAGACACACAAGAUAGCGGUUAUCUACGUUAGCCAAGGUCAGGAAGACAAGAACUCCAUACUGAGCAACGUCACUGCCAGCAAGGAGUACGAGAGCUUCGUCGCGAGACUCGCGUGGGAGGUCGAGCUGGAAUCACAUACAGGUUUCCUCGGUGGGCUGGUGCCCGGUAAAGCGUCCGGCGUUACCGCGCCGUACUAUGCCACAUCCUUCACCGAAGUCCUCUUUCAUGUCGCGACGAGGAUGCCGUCGGAUAGUCCGGAAAGUUUAUUGCAAAAGACGCGUCACCUUGGCAACGAUGAAAUCCAUAUAGUUUGGUCGGAGCACUGGCGAGAUUAUCGCAGAGACAUUAUACCUACGGAGUUUUGCGACGUUUUGAUAGUGAUUUAUCCUCUGCAGAACAAGCUUUACCGCGUGCAGAUCUCGCGAAAAUCAGAGAUUCCGUUUUUCGGACCUCUAUUCGACGAGUGCAUCGUGGAGGAUAAGGUGUUACCGGGUCUGGUGAGAACGACGGCGUUAGCUGCGAGCAGGGCGAAAAGAUCUACCCUCACAUUAUAUCAAAAUUAUUACGAGGAGCGGUCGCGAUCCAUCGACACUGUCAUAAGAAAUCAUAAAGAGGCCACUACGUUUGAGGAGUUUACGGCUAAUGUUUACUCGCCGGUACAGCCACCGAGCCCGUUCAGCGGAGCUUCGUCUGUUUCAGGAUCUACAACAAGCGUGCAAUCCACAGCGUCGUCGAACCUCGCGGCAGCGCUUAUAGAUUCGCAUCAGGGACGCUCUGGUUUGCGCGGCAGUUCCGCGGCGAGCAGCGACAACCGCGCGAAUAGAGUUUCCGACGGAAGCAGGGUGUGGUUCAGCAGUGACACCCCCGAGAACACUACGCUUCACGGUAUUUCACCGAGGCCCGUGAAGAAGAUGUCCUUUAAAACUGGACCAAAACAGAGAGCUAACACGCAAUCGACUCCUCCAGACAGUCCGAGAUACAAAUAAAAGGCUGUGUUUUUAUCGAGGAGAUGGUUCGAUUCAUCGUGAAUUUGAAUGCUGCACUCUUAAAAAAAAAAAAAAUCCUUUGGACGAAAAAGAAAAAGAUUUAUUGAGUAGUUACGAAUUUCUACCGUUGCGUCAGUACUUUGCGCGCGUCGAUUGAUGAUUUAAUCGACAAAUUUGGCGAAUAUACUUUUUGGCCAGCACUCAGAUACAAAAAUUUUAUUCAACACAGCGGAGGAUCGAACUUCCGGUUUGUAGCCUUAAUGUUUUCUGUUUUUCUCCGUCCUUAUAGAUUUACUUUUUAUAUUAAAUGUACAGAUCGUUGUUUAUUUGUUGCAACGUGAUUAAUUUAUUGGAAAGUCAAAAAAAAAAACAGAUGAAUUUAUCAAACUAUAACUAUAAGAUAUAAAGCUAGGGUGUAUGUACUUCUCAAUAUAGAUUCUCGUCAAUGUCGAGACAGAGAGAAAGAGAGAGACAGUUAUAAUAUAUUACAUUGUACAGCACUUUCCUAUAAGGUUACAUUUUUUUCGAGUACUUCGCGACAACAUUGGAGUAAAAAUUCUAUACUAAAACUUUCUCAUACAAUAUUAUCUCUUAUGAAAUCACGUUUAGUAGCGAGAGUUAUAGAGAUACUAAUGUCAUCGUCCGAACGCUCCGCAGUACUGCUAUAUGGCCUUGUAGCUACCUUAUUUGUCACGUGUAAACGUGUAAAGAAAAAUAGAAAAGAUAGAAACUAAACUAUUUUAUUAUUAUAAUUGGCGAGACACAAAUGCGGGAGAGGACAAUUUACAAUUGAAUGUUAUUCGCGUGAUAUAUAGCUUAUUAGCUUAAGUACGUAUCUGUACGUGCACAUGUGUGUUGAGAUCACGUUCUGGGGGGAGGGGGACAAAACGUCGAAUUCGAUAAUUACUCGAUUUGCUAAAAGGCAAAUAAAUAAUUAUCACAUUUUUGUUAAAGUGAUAAGCAGUUUCAGAGAAACAAAGUUAAACAGUUAAUACAUUCCACAUGCGCACAUCGUAACUCAUGUGAUUUUAAUUAAUAUAUUACUGAAAAUAAGCCAUUCCACAAAUCAUGACUCAAUUUGCUUUUUUCUACUUUUUAUACACACUUUACAUAAUGUAUUUCAAUAAGCGAAAUCUCUUUCAUUUCUUUUGAUUUGUUUAGUAAACAUAAUGAAGAGAGAUAGAAAGGGAAGGUGAACAAUCGCCCAAUAUGUUUUACUUUCCAAAAGUCAGCGUGUUAUUUUGUGUGUGAUGACUUUCUUUUAUUUGCAAAAUACGCAAGUCAAAAACAAAUUAGUUUUGGGAUAUAUGUUGAGGAGAUGAGAGCCACACAAAAAGAGAUGCAAAGGCAAAGUUUUGACUGCGAAUUUCAAAAUCGAGAUGAGAGAAGAAAAGUUGAAUUUGUAAAUGAAUUUAAUUGUAUUCCAUUUACAACACGUUGAAUUUAGAUUUUACGAGCAAAACGGCUAUUUGUUUUCGCACGAAUCAUCCUCAUACAGUGAUAAUAAUCAAAGUAUUAGAUGUUAUCUGUUAAACUAUUAACUAACUCGAAAAAAAAAACAACGGCAGACUAUAUGUAACACAGGAUUAUAUUGUGGUAACAGACCCGAUAUGCGAGAUGAGACUUUUUGUAGAGGUACACACACUUAUCGCGCGCGAUAAGCGAACACUAGUGUGUAAUUAGAAAAUUUUUGACCAUUUUGAAGAUCGUAAAAAAAACGAACACAUUUAAAAGUGUAGGUAUUAGCAACGAAAAUAUAGAUGUAAUAACUACCAAUGCGCAAAAAGAGAGAGAAAGAGAGAGAGAGAGAGAGAGAGAAAGAAAGAAAGAAAGAAAAAAAGAAAAAAAGAGAUUAUGGCCAAAGCAGCAUUAUUUUUUCACUAAUUUAUAACAAGGGGUAGGAAGAAGCGCCUGUGUAUGUAUUGUAUAUAAAAUUGUUAAGCAUUCAAAAAUGUUUCCGAAGUCAAGAUUAUUCCGAAAUGUAUGUCAUGUUACAUCGCUAUACAUUAUUAGCAUAAUAAUUGUGUAUUAAACAAAAAUAUAUAUAUAAUA